CUGAGCAGAGAAAUGGACAACAGCACGAUAGUGACAGAAUUCGUCCUAAUGGGACUUUCAGAUCUCCCGGCCGUCCGCUUCUCCUUGUUUGCUGUUUUUUUGCUCAUCUACAUGAUCACCGUCAUGGGAAAUGGCACCAUCCUUCUUGCCAUAGGAGCUGAGUCUCGUUUGCACAACCCCAUGUAUUUCUUCCUCACCAACCUCUCCUUGCUGGACAUCUUCUGUCCCACAGCCACGGUCCCUAAGAUGCUGGAGAGCCUCUUGUCGGAGAACAAUGUGAUUUCCUUUGUUGGCUGCAUUCUGCAGCUCUACUUCCUGGUGUCCCUGGCCGGGACUGAGGUCUUCCUCUUGGCUGUCAUGGCUUUUGACCGCUACGUGGCCAUCUGCAACCCUUUGCGAUACACAGUCAUCAUGAGCAAGAAGCUCUGUCUUCAGAUGGCUGCUGGCACCUGGAUCGCUGGGUUCCUCAACUCUUUGCUCCAUACGGUGCUGACCUUCACUCUGCCUUACUGCAAAUCCAAUAGGGUCAAUCAAUAUUAUUGUGACAUUCCACCCGUUCUAGCUCUCUCUUGUGCUUCCACCUACUUGGCUGAGAUAGUUGUUCUUAUUGUUGGGGGCAUUUUUGGCGUAGGGGCUUUCCUGGUCACGUUGGUCUCCUAUGUCUACAUCAUCUCCACCAUCCUUCGGAUUCGCUCUGCUGAGGGGAAGCGCAAAGCCUUCUCUACCUGCGCCUCUCACCUCAUGGUGGUGUGCCUCUUCUAUGGGACCACCAUCUUCACUUACAUACGUCCUUCUUCCAGCCACCAUCCUGACCAGGACAGGCUGGUGAGCAUGCUGUAUGGGGUGAUCACCCCCAUGCUGAACCCUUUGAUCUACAGCCUGAGGAACAAUGAAGUGAAAGGGGCCUUGAAGAGAGUGAUUGUGGGAUGGGGCAAGCAAAGCUUAGAGAGAGCUAGACGUUGUUUGCAUUGA